AUGGAAAGUUGGCCUGCGUGUUGCUCGUACCAUAGGAAUUUAAACGGGGAUAUAGGUAUAAGAACACGGAGACGGGGAGUCGUUCACGGUAGUGUGAGGCAUAAACGCGCCGGCACCACACCCAGCGUGACCACCAUUGCGAACACGGGACCACGGGACACGGCCAUGCGCGUCGCAGUGAUCUUGUUAGUGAGCUUCACUGCUUUGGUAUCGGCGCAAUAUCAGCAGGAUGUAGACGGUAGUUCGCCGUCAAAAGGAUUGCCGCUUUCCCUAAGAUCGGCACGGUUUCAAAGACUGCCAUCCGCUAGGCCAGCGAUACCAACGCAGGCAGCGCUCGCCAAUCAACGAUUGCGACGACCAACAAUUUCGUUCAGACCGAAAGGCCCCGAAGAUGGUCUGGUAACGGGUCCGGGAUCGUUCGCGCAACCGAAACCGUUGCGGCCAAGUUAUCCCUCGGCGCCAGGACCUUCGUUGCCUCCGGUGGUGAAGCCUGUGAGCGAAGAGCCGGAGGAGGAUGCGCGAAACCGCGAACCUCCGCGAGAUCACGAAGACGACGAUGUCGAGCUGAGCGACGAACAGUCGGAGAGCCGCGAGAAUAGCGACGAAAAUGUACCGCGUGCCAUACCGAAUCUUGGACCUGUCGGCUCGAUAUCGAGGAGCUCUAACAUAGGAUCGGUAUCGCAACAGCUACCGGUACAGUAUCGUCCGCUUCAACAGAUACCAAUACCGACUGCCAGGGGAGGAUCUCAGAUACUGACAACACCGCCGUCCCCGCCUGUUCAAUAUCGGCCCGCGCCGAAACCCAGUAAACCGAGGAAACCCGUCGAAGAACCAUUCAGGCAGCCCGUCAAACCACCUACGAAACCUGCGAAACCAUCUCAGGUCUACGACGGACGCGGCAAGAAACCUGUUGCGCAGAUCAUUAGACGCUAUCGCAACGACAAUCCGGAUGGCUCGAUCACCUGGGGCUUUGAAAACGAUGAUGGAUCGUACAAGGAGGAACAGAUUGGCGUCGAUUGCAUUACAAGGGGCAAAUACGGGUACAUCGAUCCAGACGGUAUUCGUCGCGAGUACACGUACGAAACUGGCAUCAGAUGCGACGAGGAACAACGAGAAGAGGAAGAGAACGGGUUUGUAGACUAUCAAGAGAACAAGCUAGUGCUUCCCGAUGGUAAAACCAUAGAUCUCUCGAACAUGGGUAAAAAACAAGCGCGCAGACCUCGCUUUAGUAUCAAAAAUUAGUAAGAAUCCUUAACUUAUACUUUUUCUCGUUAAGCAAAAGCGGUAGCAUAGGUAUUCGUUAGGUAUUCCGUUGUUGUCAAAAUCUGAAGAUUUUUGUUAUUUUCGUUAUCCACAUAUGUUGAAAUAUAUUAAUAUAAUUUAAAGACAAAAUUACAAGUUUCAAAGAAGAGAAGAAAGAAAACGUUCAUAUAUUAAUAGUGACAAGAGCUUAAAGAGCCCUAUAAUAUUUUCUUUAACAACGAAGUCUGGGGUGAACAUCAAAGUAAUAGCACUUAAUAUUAUAAGCUUUAUUGUGAUGACUGUCGUUGUGUUGGUAUUGUUCAAAAUUCGUAUUUAAAUUAUUUAGGAUGUAUUUCUGUAUUGUGUAAAUAUGAUUGUAGGUACCUGUACGAAGUUUAUCGAAUAAAAAUACCGAGACAUAAUAAGUAA